UUGGUAAAAACAGUUCUUCCAGAAUGGAGGAAAUUUUGUCUGCUUUUUCCACAAGUAAAUUGUUUUUCUUUUUGGGGGGAUAAUGGGAAAGAAAUAAAUUAAUUUUCUUUGGAGGGCAAUGACCUACGUUUUGUUUGUGGAAAAGGAAAUUCCAGAAUUCUCCCUCUCUCUUUUUCUUUUCUUCUCUUUUUUCUACCAUCAUAGUCUGAACCCCUUAGCCCCUGUGUGACACUGACAUCGAGAUGAUGGGUCAUCCUGCCACUUCCCUGAUUUGCUUAGUGCUGCACUUAGUAAGAGGUGUUUUUCUCUGAUUUAUUCAUUGAUUGAUUCUCUCAGCAAAUAUUUAGUAAGUGACAAAACAGUCCUAAAGCCUAAGCGUUGCGUGGGAGAUUGUUUAUUGCAGUGAAACCACUUUCUUUGGGAAUUUAAGACAAGUGAAGGAGGAAAAACAGAUGAUUUGUCAAUGCAUAAUAGGUCAUGCAGUCAACAAAAAUGUAUUGACUGACUACUCUGUGCCAGGCAUUGAUUACACAUAUAUUGAUGAAAAGGACAUACUGAUGAAAAGAAAAACACAAAAAUUCCUACCUUUAUGAAUCUCACAUUUUAGUAGAUGUUGGGGGAGACUAUCGAUAAGUAAAAUUAAAAUCAUGUUAGUGACGAUAAGCAGUACAGAGGAAAACAUGAUGGAUGAAGGAAUUACUGGGGAACGAUGGUGGAGGAGUGAGAAUAUUGUAUUCGUUAUCUAUUGCCGUGUAACAAAUUUCCCCACAACUGUGUCUCAGAGCAACAAUCAUUUGUCAUCUCCCAACUUUCUAGGUCAGGAAUCCAGGUUGAUCUGGGUCCUCUGGAACACAUGCUGCAGUCAAAGUGUCUAUUGGGACUAACCAUCUCAAGCCUUGCAUGGGGGAAGAUUCUCUUCCAAGCUCAAUCACAUGGGGCUAGGGGAAAGGACUUGAAUCUGAAAUAGCAUCCCUGUCAGUUCUGUUCUGUCCUGGGAAGUCUACAAGGAAGCAAAACCUCCGUGGAAGAGAAGGGAGGCAGCAGGCACUGGAGGUGAAAGUCUGCGGCAACGAGUAUAUCUUAACUGAAAACUUAAAUCAACAGAUAGGAAUAGAACUAUUACUAUUACGAAAUCCACCUGGAUGCUUGAAGGACAUAGGAAAGGAUGAGCUAUUACGGCAGCAGCUAUCCGAUUGUAAACGUGGACCCCAAAUACCCAGGCUACCCCCCAGAGCACAUCAUAGCUGAGAAGAGAAGAGCCAGAAGACGUCUGCUCCACAAAGAUGGCAGCUGUAAUGUGUACUUCAAGCACAUUUUUGGAGAAUGGGGGAGCUACGUGGUUGACAUUUUCACCACCCUCGUAGAUACCAAGUGGCGGCACAUGUUUGUGAUAUUUUCUUUAUCCUAUAUUCUCUCCUGGUUGAUAUUUGGCUCUAUCUUCUGGCUCAUUGCCUUUCAUCACGGUGAUCUGUUAAAUGAUCCAGACAUCACACCUUGUGUUGACAACGUCCAUUCCUUCACAGGGGCGUUUUUAUUCUCCCUGGAAACCCAGACCACCAUAGGUUACGGUUACCGCUGUGUCACUGAAGAAUGCUCUGUGGCCGUGCUCACGGUGAUCCUUCAGUCCAUCUUGAGCUGCAUCAUAAAUACCUUCAUCAUUGGAGCCGCCUUAGCCAAAAUGGCAACCGCUCGAAAGAGAGCCCAAACCAUUCGGUUUAGCUAUUUUGCACUCAUAGGGAUGAGGGACGGGAAACUUUGCCUCAUGUGGCGCAUUGGUGAUUUCCGACCAAACCACGUGGUAGAAGGCACAGUGAGAGCCCAACUUCUCCGCUACACAGAAGACAGCGAAGGGCGGAUGACGAUGGCCUUUAAAGACCUAAAGUUGGUUAAUGAUCAGAUCAUUCUUGUCACACCAGUAACUAUUGUUCAUGAAAUUGACCAUGAGAGCCCUCUGUAUGCCCUUGACCGAAAAGCAGUGGCCAAAGAUAACUUUGAGAUUUUGGUGACAUUUAUCUAUACUGGUGAUUCCACGGGGACUUCCCACCAAUCCAGAAGUUCCUACGUUCCCCGAGAAAUUCUCUGGGGCCACAGGUUCAAUGACGUCCUGGAAGUUAAGAGAAAGUAUUACAAGGUGAACUGCUUACAGUUUGAGGGGAGCGUGGAAGUCUAUGCCCCCUUCUGCAGUGCCAAACAACUGGACUGGAAGGACCAGCAGCUCCACAACAUGGAAAAAACCCCUCCGGUCCGAGGACCCGGCCCGUCAGACACCAAGGUCAGAAGAAGGUCAUUUAGCGCGGUUGCCAUUGUCAGCAGUUGUGAAAACCCGGAGGAGACCACCACCUCGGCCACGGAUGAGUGUAAGGAAGCACCUUAUCAGAAAGCUGUCUUGACUUUAAAUAGAAUCUCUGUAGAAUCCCAAAUGUAGUUCAAAUUGUGAUCACGAGGGCUCCCACCCAAUCAUUUUACUCUGUAGCCAGUCACCUCGAGGCGAGUAGUUAUACAAGGGCUUUUAAGGGAUGUUAUAGCUAUGUGCCAUGGUGAUGGGGAUAGGAAGAACAUGUUAAAUCUGGUGAAAAAUCAUCUAAACAUGACAUAGUACCCAAUUGUUUAAACUCUUUUUUUUUUUUUUGCUAGCAAAUUUUGUAUUAGGGAUGCUAUUAAGAGCCUACUUGAUUAGUUUAAAUUUCAUCUCCUUUUAUUACACCAUAUAGUUGUAUCUUCAAUAGGGGGUAUGGUAUUCAGUAAUGGAGAACAAAGGUAGGGUACUGGAAUAAAUAAAAAUAGGAAGAUGGGCAGCCAGCAUAAAUAACACAUUUUUUACAUCGAUAGUAGUUUCCCAUAAAAGCAUCUUGUCAUCCAACCAAGGUAUGCGAGAAAUGCAUCCAGUAGAUUGUAACGUUAAGAUAUUUAACUGAAGUCACCUGGCAGGUUUGAUGUUUGCCCCUCAUAGUGUCUUGUUAUCAGUGGAAAGAAGCAGACACCUGCCACUUACCCAGGUAAUGAUCGUUGAGUGCUAGAAGUUGGUUUGUUUUGUUUUGUUUUGUUUUUUCUAACUGAUACAGCAGAAGAAGAGUGGACAUGAUUCAGAGCAGUAUUUCUCUCUUAAAUGCCUUGGUUGACUGCAACAAAGAAAGGGCUUUAUGUAGAAGAGCAGAAAUAAGGCAAUGAACAAUAAGGGGCUUCCUUUGCCCACCUCUCGUCUUCUCUUGGAAGAUGGAGCCGUUUGUGUGUGUGUGUGUGUGUGUGUGUGUGUGUGUGUGUGUGUGGCAUGGCGGGGUGGGGAGCAUAUUGGAGGGAGGGCAGGGGAAAGAUACUUAUGUGUACCCAGAAGCAGUUAGGUAUGCUUCCUGUCUUGGUCACUUUACAGGACAUAAAUGACUUGAAUUCUAGAUUUUAAGAAACUCUUCCUUUGAACUUGGAACAAUCAUGUAGAUAGAAGAUUUUGUGAAAUAGAAUUAAUGUGAUUUUUAUGCAUAUUAUUAAAUGGAUAAGCUAAGUGCUAUGGAAUUGCUUAAAUUUUAGGACAUGAGAUAAAUUUGUAUGCUCUGUUUCUGUGUUAAAAGAUGUUAAUCAUGGUUACUUUAAGCCCAAUCCCUUAUGAGUAAAAAGACACUUUAAGCUUUCUGAAUCGAACAGUUAAAGGGUGCCUGGGUGGUUCAGUCGGUUGAGCAUCCGACUUCGGCUCAGGUCAUGAUCUCACAGCUCGAGAGUUCGAGCCCUGCAUCAGGCUCUGUGCUGACAGCUCAGAGCCUGGAGCCUGCUUCAGAUUCUGUGCCUCCCUCUCUCUCUGCCCCAACCCACUCGCAUUCUGUCUCUGUCUCUCUCAAAAAUAAAUAAACAUUAAAAAAAAUUUAAAUCAAACCGUUAUUAGCUGCAUUCAGAGUUAUCUGUUUUCUUUCUUUUUUUACGUUGCUGCUGAGCUGACAAUAAGUAUAUGCCCCAGUGUUUCUUUGUUUAUUUUAUUUAAAUAUAUGUACACACAGUUUUUGCUUUCUCUGGAAAAGCUCCCUAUCCCCCUCUCUCCAUUUAAAUUAAAGCACACAAGUAAAUUGAACUGAAUCAUAUAGUCUGUGCUUACCAAUAAAAGUGAAAUAGGUAGGUAUGUGAAGUGUUUUUCUUUUUUUUCUUCUUCUUUUUUCUUUUUUCCAUCCUCCCUUCCUCCCUUCCUUUUCCUCUUUUUCUUUUGACUAUGAGCAAUGAAGUUACUUUCUAAAUGCACAUGUGCAAAUCUUUUAUUCCUGUUGUUUUAUGGAUAAGGGUUUUGCUCAGGUCCCAAGUUGUAAAACUGUCCUGAAGCUUAAUAUCAGAGAUCUAAAGAAUGCAAUUUUUUUUCCUAUUUGGCUUCAGAAAUGCAAAACCCAUUUUUAAAAUUACACAUGCAUUGCAGAUUUGGAUUUGUAGCCGCGAUUACUCAGCUAAAUUAGAGUACUACGGUCUACCAAGUAGCAAACAACCAGCACCACGACAGAUCCAAAUGCCCUUCCCCUGACUUUUUAAGCUCGUUUCACACACAUCUAGUUUCACUUCAUUUUGCCUUGCUUCCUAGACUCUGCCUAGCCAUGAUUCUGGUUUUGUUAGUAUCAGAAUAGACGUAUCAAUGAGUACAUUCUGCUGUGCUCUGUCUCCACCAUUAAGACCUCCUACCCAGAAUAAAAUGUAAAAUAGACAUUCACAUGUAACAUUUGUCCCUAAUUUUCUGUUUAGAUUUAUAACAUACUUUGAUGCCCCAACGAGUUACUUAAUAAUAAAGAUCUCAAAGUAAUGCAAAAA